GGGCACUUCCGAUUCGCGUAUAUGAUGGAGUCGUUCUGGCCUCGGCACCCACAUCGCUCGAAUCGUUACUACCUACCCUCGCCAUCACUUUGUCCUUUUGCUCAAAUAUGAUCUCUUCGUUGCUCCCUUUUCUUGCCUUGAGUGCGCUCGUCGCUCAUCCUGGCGGUGCUGUCCCGUUGAAGCAAAGAAGCUACGGCGACGAUGGCGAUAGCACUGCCAUGUCGGUUACUCCGAUCCUGCUUGGCGUAUCUGCUGUCCUUGCCAUCAUCGGCAUUGGCAUCCGCUGCUAUCUCUUCUCACUAUCGACGAGCUCCAAAGAGGCCAGUCCACCCGCUGCGGUCGAUGAUGCCAAAGUGAGCAUGAGUCAAGAGUCUCUGCUGCCCACGCCAACCAACGUCGAGAACAAGCCGCCGCGCAAGUCGAGCGAUACGCCUUGAGUCACUCAUCCAAGCGGCUCGGGCAUGGAGGGACUUGGGCACGGACGGACUCGAAAUUGGCAUAGUUGAACCAGUUUGAGCUCGAAUAUGCUUCGUGGCCAUGCAAUAUAAAAGACCAAUACGGC